AUGCCAAACAAUGAAGAUAGCCGAUAAAAAGGUCGGAACAAAGCAAAACAUGCAUGUGUUUGGGCCCUUGCCACGUCUUUUGGCCUUCCAUCCAAAUUAAGGCUCAGUAUAAAUAUGACAUAUUCCAUACUAAGAAUCACAAGUUCACAAUUGCCACUUCAACACAACGGAAAAAAAGUAAUCAUGAGGUCCAUCGUGGGAUCUGUCUCUCUGUUGGUUAUCGCCGCUGUUAUCAAUGAGGCUCAGUGCCAAUACCGAAGACCCAUGGCCACCAUUUUGGACGAUGAAUCCAUCAACCGAGAAGAACUCCCAUCUUUUGAGACCCUAAUAAAACCCUAUCUUGAGGAAUGUUUGACAAUGGACGACGCGGAAGCAAACCAUCAGGGUUGCUCUAUAUUUCAAAUUACGGAUGACGGAGGAUUCACCAUUCCACCUUUUGAAUUGUUUGUCCAGAAGGCGAUUGACGUUUGCAAGAAAGCGACGGGAAAUAUAGCGGGGUGCACCGAACUUCAAUCUCCCAAUGGAGAGUAUGUAAUUCCAUCAAUUGAGGAAAUGCAGAAAAAAUUCCUGAGCGAAUGUAAGGUUGUUGAUUCGAGCGGUUCAACUUCCAAUCAGAGCUCUUGGUGCAGACUUUUCAGACCAGAAUAAUUAUCAUCUCGCGAUGUUUUCUCUCGUUCUGACGACAGCAUAUGAAUUGGGUCUAUGAUUCAAUUAUGGUCUAUCAAAUUUAGCAAAUAUAUCACGACAAUGCAAACUUUACCACACGGAAUCAUCAAUUUCAAAAAGACGUCGUAAACGGAAAUUAUUCGAACAUGAACUGGUUUACAGUGUGUCCAGAAAUUGAGUUCCUCCUCUUUUAUUUGCUCUAAAACUGUUAGCGUAGGUUCAAUGCAUUUGGCUAUGGCUUACCUGGGUAGCCACGCCAAGCUCAAUACGACUUCUGAUUCGAUUGGUUGCACUUUGGUUGGACUUUUCUUGAAUUUUAGCUAAAAU